UCGAAAUUUUGCACCUUCGCGAUUCAGAUUUAGCCACUCCACUUUCGAAACGGAACUGCGGAGCUUCCAAAUUUCAAUAGGAAAUUGAAUUGAUACACCAUUGCGAACUCACCAUUUUCGGACGGAAGCUUGCGAGAGGUUUUCACUCCCAGGAGAAAUGCAGAAGAAGAAACCGGAGACUGCGAACAAGAGCCCUAAGAAGGCAAAUCUUUUGGACCACCACUCCAUCAAGCACAUCCUCGACGAGUUUGUCUCCGAGAUUGUGGCAAGUCGUGGAUAUAAGGAAGAUGUGAGGAUGAGCAAUGCUAGACUGCUGAUUGGUACUGUUGUCAUAAUCGUCGCUCUUGUCGCUCAGUUUUAUAAGAAGAAGUUCCCCGAGAAUCGCGAUUUCUUGAUCGCUUGCAUCGUAUUGUAUGUAGUCAUCAACGUUUUACUGCAGCUAAUUGGGUACACAAAGGAGAAGGAUGCAAUUUUGUUCACAUAUCCUCCCACUGGAUCCUUUACCAGCACAGGAUUGGUCGUUUCUUCAAAACUAUCCAGAUUUUCUGACUUGUACACACUGACUAUAUCCAGUGCUGAUCCAAAAUCAAUCUCUGCAAAUAAGCCGGUUCACUUUACCAAAAGUGUCACUCAGUGGUUUACAAAGGAAGGCAUUAUGGUCGAGGGACUUUUUCGGAGAGAAGUAGAGAUACUGAUUGAUGAAUAUGCAAGAGAACCGAAGAAGACGGAGUGAUUCAACUUGCUUCACGACCGAUAGGUUGGUAGUUUGGGGCGAGGAAAGAAACAGCUUUAUUUGCUAGAGGAUGUUACUAUAGACAGACCCUUUUCAUUGUUGUGGGUCACUACCAUUCCUAACUUCCAUAGGAGGAACCUUUUUGUCUCGUCUCUCUGACAUAACUCUGGUUGCAAUGGAAUUUGGUUACAGUUUGGCUUAUGCCACCGUACUUCAAACAGGGGYGAUGAACUAUUAUAGCGCCAUACAAUGAAGCUCUGGAUUGAAAUAAGGUCUACACGUCCCACAGACGAGGAGGAGCCUAUCAUUUUCUA